UUUCGUUGACCGGUCAACGGCCAACGACCACCGGAUGUUAUGGUCUGCAUUGUGAGAUUUAUGGUUUGGUUUCUCAUAUUUUUGUAUGCCUUUUUGUGGUUUGCUUUAUCGUGUUUGUGGUUUGCAUUAAGAAGUUUCUGGUUUGCUUUAUCGUGUUUGUGGUUUGCAUUGAGAAGUUUCUGGUUUGUUUUCAAAAAUUUUGUGGUUUGCAUUGAGGGGUUUGUGGUUUGUUUUAGGAGAUUUGUGGUAUGCAUUAGGAGUUUU